AUCUAGUAUAAAACCGAAAGCCUUGUAGGUGCUAGUUCACUCACAUCUAUUGUACAUCAGAGAUUCGUUCUCAAUUCUAAUAACGAUGCUGGUCAUUGCUGUUCUUUGCCUCGCUGCUACGGCUCUGGCCGCCCAAGAUUUUUCCUGCAACUUUGACAGCGGUAACUGUGGAUUUAUCCAACGAACUGACGACAAGUUUGACUGGACAAGACAGUUUGGUGACACACCCUCAUGGGACACAGGGCCGUUUACUGAUGCAUCUGGUUCAGGUCACUAYAUGUACACCGAAGCCUCCUACCCACGCAGACCCGGUGACAAUGCCAAGAUAGAAACACCCAAAGCCUAUUCCUUCGAUGGCGGUAACAAGUGCCUUCGAUUCUAUUACUACAUGUACGGUGCUGAUAUGGGAACAUUAAAGGUUUAUGUGGGAAAUAAGAUGAUCUUUGAAGACUAUGGUGACCUUGGAGAGUUUUGGUAUACCGCUGAUUUCUUUGUACCGGUGUCUCAGGGAACUCACAAGAUUAUUUUCGAAGGAAUCAUUGGAUCUGGCUAUAGAUCAGAUAUCGCCAUCGACGAUAUUGUUCUUGAAGAUUGUUCAAGCUCAAACACUCCUCCUCCUCCACCACCAACACAGGCACCCACACCUCCUCCACCGACACAGGCCCCUACCCCUCCCCCACCUGUAACUGAUGGUGCCACUCCCCCUCCCCCCUCAGUUGCUAAAGAAAAUUAA